UUACAUUUUUCUUUUUCUUUUCUCCCAACAGUUUUUUCUCAAUUCUCCUAAUUGAUCGCCAUUCUAUUCUCAUUUAAUUGUUUCUUUGUUUUCAGUUCGACAAUUAGUGACUAAAGUUUAAUCCACAUGAAGUUCGGUAAAUUUAGGUUAACCAUUUGGGAUCCUUUUCUAAUUACUCUACAAAUUUUGACCAUUCAAGCUUCGUUUUACUCAUCACUUGCCAUUCUAAUUAGUGCCAUUCAAUCACCGUCAUUAAAUUACAUUUUUACCUAUCAGAUCAACAUACUCACCUUGUUGGUUUAUCUUAUCAACGCGACUUGUGGAUCUUUCUACUUGUGGUCAUUUGUUGGAAGAGCUAAACCCUGUUUGGAUUAUACGGUCACUUGUUAUUUUCUACAUUUUCUAAUGUCUUGGACUUACAAUGGCUUUUUACCGAAUACUUGGUCUUGGUGGAUAAUUAAUUUCGUCGCUGCUUCAUUAAUGACCUUUGGUGGGGAAUAUUUUUGUAUGAAAUCGGAAAUCAUAGCGAUUCCCUUGCUAAUAUCUACUGAUGAUUUAUAAAAUUUCUAAUAUACAAGACAAUGGAACAAUUGAAACAAUCAAAUCUAAUUGUUGAUUUAAGAAUCACUUUCGUCUGUUUUAGUAACAAUUACAGUUCCUUCAAUCAUUUUGCUGAUUCCUUUAUAUGUAUUGGUCUUUAUUUCAGCUUUUCAUGAUCUUUCAAAAUGAUUGGUGAAUUUUGAGUUGAUGAAAUUGUUGCCAAUCGUAAUUUACCAACUUGGCCAGCGGUAUCCAAGGCCUGUCCCACUCCUAACGGUAUCUCAACGGGUUUCAAAGUGUCCUCAUCCAAUGUAACAACAAAUCGAGUUCUAACCGCUGGAGUUAGAUAAUAAAUCAAUUGAUUGAGCUUUGAACCAAGCAGAGUAUGUUUAAUAUCCAGAGAGCAGAAAGCAAUUAUCAGAAUGGCCGCUAAUCCAGUUGGAAAUAGCAAUUGAUUGUCAUAAGAAAAUGGAUUCAAAGUCAUUAAACCUUUACCAAGAUGAAGUAAACCUUUGGUCAGUAUAAGAGCAUCCAAACAAAAGGCUGGACCAACAUCGUAGUGUUCAAAUAGGCUGUCCAACAUUUUCGACAAUUUAUAAUCCAAAGAACCCGAACCAAUCAAUCCAAGUGCGAUAAUUGAAUUUAUUGACAUUGAGAUCAUUUGAUAUCGUGAAUAUUUUUCCAAUGUUGUCAAAAUUUCUUGAUCUGGAUACGAAAGGGAAAGUAAAGCAAACGCCAUUGGCACCAAUCGUUUAGCUGAAGGUGAACCAUUGAAUAGGAUUUGCUGUAAAACCCUUUUGGCCAUUGACAUUCCGACAUCUUCACCCAUGGCAAUUAAACCGAUACCAAGCACUGCGAUUGAUUUAUUAAUUUCCCUCGGUGGUGUAAAUGAGAUUGAAGUGACAUCAACCUUACCAUUGGGCUCACCUUUACUUUCGGCAAUCAGUUGAUCAAGCGAUCGAUUAAGAGCUUCAAGUGACUGUAGUAAAUUCAUUGUUUGUCUUGGUCUAAUGCCACUUGAGCCGACUGAUGGACGAUCAGAUUCAUCAUCUGAAUCAAUAAAAUUAGACGGACCCACAUCUCUGGACUGUUGUGGCCAUGGAAGGUAAACUCGAUCGUCUAGUAAAUGUUGAGUAUCGACGUAAUCGACGUGGACUUCUUAUCGGCUCUUCAUUGGAACUUCUCAUUAAUCCUAAUGGUUCUCUUUCCUUUCCUGUUGAUUGACUCGAACUUUCAAUUUCAUCCAUAGUAUUAUAUUCAUUCAGAUGGAUUGAUCUAACUGGUUUACGUCUUGAUGUACUUGGUGAUUGAUUUAGCUGAUUGUUGGUCGAGCUUGAUGUUGAUGGUAAUUGUAAAUCAUGUUUUUGUAUAUCAAAAGAUUCCUCGCCACUGAUUAAAUGAAUUAAUCGUUGAAUUUGCAAUACAUCUCCUGAUCCAGCGUAUUUACAACAAUUAAGGGUAAAUUAACCCAAUAGAUAGACAAAUAAACCAGCAAGUAAUUAAAGACUCUGGACGAUUAACAAGUGAAUCGAUGUGAAUUAAAAUGGAAACUAAAUGUGAAGAAAUCUUAUGAUUAGCUGAUGAAACAGCAAUUAAACCAAUCGAUAAACUGGCAAUUCCUUUACUAAUCAACGGGACUUUAUUGUUACGAAGUAAUCGACGAAGGAUAUAAAUGGCCUCCGAAUUAUUAGUUCCCGAAUAGGCGACACCUAAACCGAUAAUAGAAGCGAUUUGUUCAUCCCAAGUAGCUUGACUUGAAUCGAUUGAAUCAAAUUCAGGACAAUCAAGAAAAUCGUCUUCUUCAUCAUCUCCUCGAUAUCCUGAUCUCGAUAAGGAACAGGCCAAAAUCGAGCCCGCUUUCAAAUCAGGUCCAAGUGAUAAUUUAAAUCGAUUCAAAGUUAAAUUCAAAGUCAAAUCUGGACUCCACAGGUUAAUCAAUCCAAUAGAUGCAAUUAUCGGAGCUACACAAUCGGCCCCGAAUUUGGUUAUUAAAAAUUGCGGCCUAACUGAAUUAACUACCGACAGAAUCAGUUCAUCUCGACCUGCGGCAAUAUUUGCAAAUCCAUUUGCAACGUGUAAGAUAAUUGUCCUAAUUGGUGUUCGUCUCACUCGCCAAUUAAAACCAAAUGGUGAACCAACCAGAAAAUCUGGUAGAGUUGAUUGUAGAUUAAAUGAGUUUAAACAAUCCAAUUCUCUUGCGGUGUAAUUAAUAAGUGACAGUGAUUUAGUACUUGACAUCAACCCUCGGACAAUUGGAUCAGUAUGAUUGUAAAGAUAAAUUGUUUGCCGAUUAAGGAUACAAGCGAUUUGCUUGAUUAUUGCCGAUGGUUUAAAUCUCGUUGAUUCUGAUGAUGAACAUUGUUGUAAAAUUAAUUCAAUUGCUGAAGGUUGAUUUGAAUCAGUUUUCAGGGUAACAAUUAAAGCAUCAAUCCAAAA